AUGUCGCUUUUCCCUCGGGCCGCGUCGAACUCUUCGCCAGAUCGCCUCACUCUGAACCAAAUCGACACCAUCGUCACUCUAGAACGGAUUGGAGGAUCCAUAAGUCUCGUCUCCGUGUUCUUCAUCUUCAUCGCUUACGCACUCGUGCGUCGAGUACGCAAUGUUCAAAAUACCUUCAUUGUGUUUGCUAGUAUUUCCAACGUCGGUGCAAGCAUAGCCUGCAUCAUUGCGCUGGAUGGGCUGGUUUUGGGCGAGGGCUCGUCAUUAUGUCAAACACAGGCGUUCUUGUUCGAGAUGUUUAUGCAAUCUGACCCUUGGUGGUCGUUGGCCAUGGCCAUCAAUGUCUUCCUAGUAUUUUACUUCCGCACGAGUCCUGAUUCUUUCCGGCGCUGGUGGUGGGUAUAUUGUCUGAUAUGCUACGGCGGGCCUUUCAUCAUCGCGUUGUCGCUAUUACUUAUACGAGGCUCUCCGAAUGGACUCGUAUACGGGGAUGCCGUGAUCUGGUGCUGGGUAGGGGGUAAAUGGAGCGGCGUUCGCAUCUACACAUACUACUUAUUGAUCUUGAUCUGUAUCGCCGGAACCAUCAUCUGCUACGUCUUGGUUGGGUAUCACGUCUUUCGAUCUCGAAACAGGCUCCGCAGCUUCUCCGUGUCUAAGAGCCGCGAGGCAGGCCAUAGUGAGCAUGUUUCAAACGUCCCUCAAAGCAACCCAGACGGCUUCUACGCCUCCGUUACCACCGAAGUCCUCGUCACCCACACCUCCGCAAGCACCCUCGUCCAUCCCAAGAGCGCACACAUCGCCCGCCACCGAGAACAAGGCCCCUUCGCCGGCUCCUCCCAUAGAAACCCCACAGGCACAGCAGCAUUUGUAUCAAGCGUGUCCGCGAACCCUCGCCGCCAGACUCUAGUGUCCAACCCAUUAAACGGCAUGGUUACGGCCACAAAAUCCGUCGCUUCGAAAUUCACCGUCGACGACCCCAUCAAGCGGGCAUACCUGCGUACCAGUCUCCUCUUCGGGCUCAGCGUUCUAGUUACCUGGAUUCCUAGCAGUAUGAACCGCAUCCACAGCUGGAUACAAGGCACGUCCCCUUACACAUAUCAAGUCGCCAGUGCGGCCGUGCUGCCGCUCCAAGGGUUCUGGAACUGCGUCAUCUUCUUUGUCACCAGCUGGAGGAUCGUGAAGGACGACAUCAUGUAUAGGACUGGAAGGGUUCCUCACCGGUCUCGUGAUGAGAGCGGGCUGGGAACUCUGGAAAGGACGGUGAAUAGGGAGGAGCCUAGGAUAUCUACUGAUUAUGAGGCUGAUUCGCUGACUACGCGGAGUGAUGUUGAAUUGCGGACGGUUGAGCAUGGGCCAGGGAAAGGAAUGGGACCGUAA